CUCAAGCAGGGCACAGCCAUUGGCUGGAAUGAUGUUCGGGGACCGAUCGCGGCUUUGCAGGCGACGUUGAUCCAGGUCGGGUGGGAUCCACAGUCUCCGCUGGUUUGGUCUCGCCCGCUCUCGGACGGCACGAUCGACGAUUGGCUUUUCCCCAGCUUUGGUGAUGAGCAGUUCGGCACAGCAGUGAUGGCGCACUUCGAUGAUAUGAUUGGCGCUUUCAUGGAUGAUUGUAUUGCGCAGCAGUGGCAGGCAGCUUCUCAGCAUGUUGCAGGCGAGGACCUGGUUGACGGCGCCGACAUGACGACGGUGCGAAUCUAGCUGAAUCGCUUCGCCAAGCGCAUGCAGUUUGAGGAGUGGUCCGCCGACCUUGCAGUCGUGGGGGGCGGCCAGUGGACUCGUGAAAGGCAUAUUGCUGCAGGGUACGCCUGCCUGCCCGUGUGUCCCCGCUGUAAAGACAUGUCUG